AGUAGUAAACGGAAGUAAACGUUGACCAAGAACACUUUUCACGUUAGCGUUUUUGGUGUUGUUAUUUAGACAUUUAUUAACACCAUGGAACUUAAAAUAUGACCAAUUGAACUGAACAGCAUCACAUACUUACCACAGGUAGUCGUUAAUUCGCGUUGGAGACAGGGCUUGGUUGAUGAUAUCUAGCGAGGUGGUAACGUUAACUAACGAUGGCCAAUUGUGUGGGUUUUCACACUCAAAUAGCCUCCAUCAUGGAGGUUCUAGCGAAUGCAGCCGUGGCAGAGAUCUGUAAACUCGUAGACGACGACUAUGCAGUGUUUCGUUUGGAAGUAACUCAAAGCCAGAAAGAAAACAGGGCAUUGCGGAGGAAACUACAGCUACUGGAACUGAAGGUGGCACGGGAGCGCGCAGAGAGGACAACGCGAGAGCGCGUCCUCGCCAGUCGUCCCAGUAGUGUCAAGAUCCUCGACCGAUACAGAGGAAUGGCAAGAGGUGAAGGACAUCUCACUGGAAGCCACAGGAGCUUUGUGAAGCCAGCGGGACACAAUACAUUGAGAGAUGACCAACCAAUCACUGUUGAUGAGGGGAGUGGAACCUCAACCCAGCACGUUAUUGUGAUAGAGGCUGCAGGUCCUGGGGUCAAGCAGGAGAGGACUAAAGGAGAGAAGGAGCCACGGCACAGCAGAGACAUCCAGCAUAGAGAGCCCCCUGUAGCCCCGGAGGACCCCACCUCCGCCCCAGCGCCAUGUAGGACCCGACCCAGCAUCACCGAGGUCAGUGGAACGCCGAACACCGUCCUCAAGUCAGAUACAGACACAGAGACUUUAACUGCAACACACAGGCUCUUACACACAGGAUCUGACCACAGAUCAGACCCAGAGAGACUGGGUCUCGGGCCACUGGACUGUCCUCCUGCUCCUGGUUCAGAGUACUUACCCGUAUUUCAUCAGAGCCAAAGAACGGUUCAUUCCCGUGGAGAUUGUGAUGGUGACACGUUAGACACUGGUGGGGAUGUUCCGUCUUGUUCUUACGCAACAGAGAUGGACCCUGACAACAUGCCCUUGGGUUUAGACACACAGGCUGAUCUGUCCAGAGGGGACUGGAACCGGUACAGUAGUAGUGUAUACUCUGAAGGGUGUCUAGAUAAGAAAGGGGGGGUUAUAGUCGUAGAUGAAGUGACUGUGAAAGUGGAGGACGACUUUCCUCUGACCUUGCAUGCAGACGAGACUCACUUAGGGGAAGGACACUCACAAGGCAGAGAUUUCUUAGAUUACAGGGAAAGCUUAGAGACAAAUCCAAACGUCGCAACCCACUCCCCUUUACACACACUCAGGGAUCGGGACCCAGUGUCUACGUUGAUGGGGCCUUCUGAUUCACAGGGCUGCAUCCUUUUUGAUCAGGUAUUGAACUCAAAGGACCAAAGGGCCAAUGGGAGGGGAGGGGGAGCAACAUCAGGCAGUAGUAAAGAGAAACGGUUCCUCUGCAUGUUCUGUAACAAAGGCUUCAGCUGCCUCCAGAAGGUGGAGAUCCACCAGAGGGUCCACACAGGGGUGAAACCCUUCAGCUGUACCCAGUGUCAUAUGCGUUUUGCUGAGGCUGGCAAUCUGAAGAGGCACCAGAGGGUCCACACAGGGGAGAAACCCUUCAGCUGUACCCAGUGUCAUAUGCGCUUCUCCCACUCGUCCAGCAUGAAGAGGCACCGGAGGGUCCACACAGGGGAGAAAUAUUAAAGCUGCCCCGAGUGUGAGAAGAGGUUUUCCCAUCAGAACUAGCUGAAGAUGCACAUUUAGGUCCACAUGGGAGAAAGGCUGUUCACCUCUACGCAAUGUGGGAAGAGGUUCUCAGAGAGGAGCUCUGAGGAUCAGAAAAAACAUUCCACUAAAUAGCUUAUGAUGUUUAGAUCAAACCCUGCAUUAAAGACAGGUUGAUCUUCAGUAUUGUCAGUUGAAAAGAUCCACAGAUGCAUUUGGAAUGACGAGAGCAACAGAUUUCAGUGUUGAAUAUUCCUGGGUAGAAUAUUGCAUCCAGACAUUGUAUUUAAGCCUAAAAAGUCUGUUACAUAUUGCGUUUGUACUGUGUAGGCUAUUUGAUGUAUAUUCAACUACUUUAUUUUUUCCCCCCCGAGACAAUUUUUAUGAGAAAAUGAUUGCAGUUUAAAUUUGGUCCUGUCCCGACUAAAAUAAAUGUUGGUCGCCCGAGAGUCGUCUGUUCUUUAAACAAUCGAUUGGUAGAAAUGUUAAACAUAUUUUUCAAUAUAUAUAUGUAGUGUUUUAAUAAAAUCAACUGUAUGUACUAGAUUGUGUGAUGCUUUAAAGGGGAAUUGCACCUGCUGAUUUGGCCUUGUUUUUUUUGGCUCCUCAAGAAAUGCUGGUGGCCAAACGUGAGUUGGCUUGGGUGUGUGGAUUGAUGUGGGUGUCAGAAACUUGCCCACAGCUUUCCCCUCACUCACUCAGUCACAACAAACAAACCUCCUGCAAGUUGCGCUCAGUAACUACAGGCAGAUAUAGAGAAGCUUUGAAUAGAUCAUUAGCCUAAAGAGUAAUAUGAGAAGAAUGUAAUUGAUAAAUGUAUGUAGAUAUAAUAAAACAAAAUGUUUUGAAAACUUUCAAACAUAGUCACAGGUCCAUGUAGAAUAAACACUUUACAUAAUACAAUAGAAGCACUGUUCUGCUGAUAUAACAAUGUGAACCUUUCAUCUUUUAUUGUCGUUCCCAGCCGAUACAAAUAUUGUGCCGAUCUGCAUUUUGUCUGGAGGUUUUGGGGCUACCUUAGCAAACAUGUCCGAGUAGCCAUACCUUCCUGUGUGGUGUCC